UGUAAAGCUGCAAUAUAUGAUAUAUAAAUCAGUUGGAUAGUCUUGUGUGUUUACUUAAUAGUAGUUUGGUUGAUCAUUUUCAUUUAAAAAUCGAAUAACCUACAAAGCGACUUCAGAGAGAGAAUUUCAGCGCGCGCUGAAUAAACCAUCGUACACGCCUGCAGAAAACAAAGUAGCCUACUAACAAGAAUGGCGAAGGGAGUGUAUUUAGAGCAUUAUUUAGACAGCAUCGAGGGACUUCCCUGCGAGUUGCAGAGAAACUUCUCAUUAAUGGAGGAUUUAGAUAAUAGAACCGAAGAGAAAAAAACUGAGAUAAGUGAACUAGCUUCUGAGUAUGUUGCAAAAGUUAGAAAUUUGGCAUCCGAGGAGCGUGCCCAGCAUUUAAAGAAGAUUGAGAAUGCCUACAGCAAAUGCAAAGAGUACAGCGAUGACAAAAUUCAGCUUGCAAUGCAGAUUUAUGAAAUGGUGGAUAAGCACAUCCGGCGGUUGGAUGCUGAUCUUGCACGCUUUGAGAAUGAUCUGCAGGAGAAACUGGACAUGGGAAGCACGGAUAGCUCAGAUGAGAAGCAGUUGCGAAAGGAUAAGAAUAUAAAAGACAAGAGGGGAUCCCUUGGAAGAGACAAGAAAGGAUCAGAUCAAGACUCACCCAAGCAGAAAAAGCAAAAAACUGGUGCCAACAUAAGUGAAUCUCUGCUCGCAAUGCACCCAUCAGAUGUCCUGGAUAUGCCAGUGGACCCUAAUGAACCCACAUACUGUUUGUGUAGUCAAGUAUCAUAUGGAGAAAUGAUUGGAUGUGACAAUUCUGAUUGUCCAGUAGAAUGGUUUCACUUUGCUUGUGUCAGCCUGACAACCAAACCAAAGGGAAAAUGGUACUGCCCACGAUGCACCCAAGAUAUGAGGAAAAAAUAGUCUACUUCUACAAUACAACCUU